AUGCAGUUAGCCUUCUUCGACGCACGCCACAGCCCUUUGAAAGGCCCUCCGAAGUGUUUCAGGGGCUUGACUAUCAUCAAAGUGGGGGGAGACCUAUCAAAAAGUCGAUUGCAAGGAGCUGUUGGUCCAGAGGAAGUCUUGGAUGAGAGAAGAGGGCAAGGUCAAGAAGCAACCUUUCUAGAGGUAGACCCUAGGGAGGGGUUUUCGGUCCGCAACUUUCACAUCCAAGUCGCCAAGACGGCUGUUGUAUCGGAUAUCGUUGUGUACGGAGAUUGUUCAACACAGCCAGAGCAGAUUCAAGACCUUGCAAAGAAAGUUGCCUUUGCGCAAAGCACGUGGCGGGUAAAGGAUCGUUUCGUCGAUGACGACGAUGCCCCAGAAUUUAAUACUUUUAUUCUUUCAGACACUUUUGAAGAGAUCGAGAAGUCACAUCCAGAGCUAGUCGCUAUUGGUGCUGACGGGCAGAUUGCCGAGCAUACACUAGAUUUUUUCUCGCUAGAGAGGCAAGAGAUGUGCACAAUGUCCAAAGCGACAGAGAUAUCGCACAAUGUAUGGCUUGGUCCUACACCGGACACAACUGUUUGUCAAUUGAAUGGCGACGAAUCUAGUGCAUUCGAUAUUCUAAUCGAAGCAAGCGACCUUGCUAGUCCUCAUGAUGCCCAGAAUUUGAGGCGCAUAGGCGAAGAGAGCUACCUAACACAGCAGAACAUUGACUUUCCGUCGUCCGGCAGCAUUAUUCCCCAGACAUGCCCGAAGACCGGAUUAGAUCCACUCACGAGAAUGUGCCAGUGGAUACAUAAGCUAGCCAAUCGAACUGAAUAUGCUCAGGACAGUGAGGAUGCUUUAGCUGCUGAUAGCAACGGUGAUAUUCAAAUGCGGAAUCUUCUACCCACUGAACGUAAGAUCCUCAUUCAUUGCACGGAUGGCUACACAGAGACCACACUGCUCAGUCUCGCAUAUUUCAUGUAUGCUGAGCAGCUACCGGUACAUGAGGCGUGGCUCCGCCUUCACUGCGAAAAGGAGCGUAAUUUCUUCGCCUAUGCGUCGGACGUUACGCUCCUCACUUCCCUUGAACCUAACCUCAUACACCAGGGUCGUCCUAACAGCAGACGGGCACGCAUGGCACCGGCUCCUGAAUCGCCUGCUUGGCUUUCUCGCAUGGACGGCAGCUUACCAAGCCGUAUCCUCCCGUACCUGUAUCUGGGAAAUCUAGGGCACGCAAACAAUCCUGAGCUCUUGAAAGCUAUCGGUAUCACCCAAAUUUUAAGCAUAGGUGAGCCUAUCAAUUGGACCACAUCUCAGAUAGAGUGCUGGGGUACCAAGAAUCUGGAGAAUGUGAUGUAUGUCGACCGCGUGCAGGACAACGGCGUUGAUCCUCUGAUGCCCGAUUUCCAGAGAUGUCUCAAGUUUAUCGGUACGUUGUAA